UCAUUCAUAACAAUGUUUUUUAAUCUCAUCUAUUGAUCGAUUGAUUGAUUGAUUGAUUGAUUGAUAUAUUUGUUUAUCAAUUUGUUUGACCCGUUAUGUUGUGAUCUCUGAAUAAUGAUGACCACCAUCACCACCACCACCGAUGACUGGUGAAGACCAUCAGCAGAUUGUGUGUCUUAAUUGUGGUGAGAUUGAAGCCAAAGAUAUUUUUGUAUAAUAUAUAUAUGAUAUGAUAUAUAUGAAGACAAUAGUGAUGUCGUAAAUGAUAAACAGUGAUAUCAAGUGAUAAUUAUUUGUGAGACACAAACAAAAGAUAUGUCCGGACACCGCAAGAGCUCUUCCAAUUCGUCGCUGUCGUCAUCCAAAUGGGAUCCGAUGGGCGGAACCGUAUUGAACAGUCCGUUGCUCGGCUCGCAGCCCAACGGCAAAGACAUGAAUCAAAUGCUUGUGAUUGGCGGCGGCGGUGGUGACCAUCAAUCGGCCGACGAAUAUACUAUAAACUCGGAGACUCAACGAUUGCACGACUCGACCGAUGUUUGCGAUGAACUGUUUGACGAUUCAUACCAUGAGUUCAAUUGGCGAUUAUAUAAAGGGAUUAUCUAUUCGUCGCUCAGUUCUGUCUUUUUCUCCCUUUCCUCUGUUAUCGUCAAAUAUCUGGACGACAUACACCCGGGAGAGUUGGCUGUAUUCCGGUUUGUGGGCAUAUUAUUGCUAACACUUCCGCUAGUCGUCCGCAACGGUAGUAAUCCGUUUGGACCGCCAGAGUUGCGACACUUCUUAAUACUAAGAGGUAUAGCGGGCGCCACUUCGCUAUUUCUCCGGUUUUCUGCCUUUCGGUAUUUACCGAUAGCCGAUGCGUCGGUUAUUAUAUUCUCAGUUCCCGUAUUUGUCUCAUUGUUUGCUUGUAUUUUUCUAAAAGAGUCGUGCGGUAUUUUUCAAACGAUAACAGUAUUCAUAACAAUGGUCGGUCUGUCGCUGACCACUAAACUUCCUAUUAUUUUCGGCUCCGACGGCGAUAUCAAUAUCAAUUCACAAUAUGUUAACUCAUCUAUACCUUCGUUGUUGGUCAACAUGACUAUUACGUCGGACAGUCGUCAAGAAUUGUUGGCCACACAGAAAAUGCAUCACAUCUAUGGUGUUAUGUCGGCACUGUCUUCAACGAUAUUUGCUUCGUCAGUGUUUAUAUUUAUUAGGAAAGCCAAAGGAGCUCAUCACUCCAUAAUUAUGUUCAACUUUGGUUGGGUGGCUAUCAUCGAAACGGUAAUUAUUACAGCUCUGAUGGACGGUUUUUCAUCGCCCAAAACUACCAAAGCUUGGUUUUUAAUUAUAUUGUUGGGCAUAUUCUCAUUCUGUGGCCAAAUACUGUUGACCCGUUCCCUACAGCUGGAACAGGCGGGUCCAGUAUCUGUGGUUAGAGCCGCCACAGACAUUGCGCUGGCCUUUGUCUGGCAAUUGUGGCUUUUUAACGAUAUUCCCGAUAUCUGGUCAAUAACUGGUGCCUUUUUGGUCACGGCUUGUAUUAUAAUAACAAGUGUCCGCAAAUGGGUGCUCACACUUCCGGAGCACUCAAAAUUAAAGUCGAAAUUAUAUUUUUUCCUAUACUAGGCAUUUAUCGAAAUAUAUAUAUAU